CGCGGAUGUGCGGGGCGCGGGGGCUGCCGGGAUCGGGGCGGCGGUCGGGGGCUGCCGAUUGAUCCCGAUCGGCUCCGAAUGAUCCCGAUCGGCUCCCAUUGAUCCCAAUUGAUCCCGAUCGGCUCCGAUCGAUCCCCGGCUCCCCCUCCGCCAUGUUCUUCACCUGCGGCCCCAACGAGGCCAUGGUGGUGUCGGGUUUCUGCCGCAGCCCCCCGGUGAUGGUGGCCGGGGGCCGGGUGUUGGUGAUCCCCUGCCUGCAGCAGAUCCAGCGGAUCUCCCUGAACACGCUGACGCUGCCGGUGCGCAGCGAGAAGGUUUACACCAGGCACGGGGUGCCCAUCUCUGUCACAGGCAUUGCACAGGUGAAGAUCCAGGGGCAGAACAAGGAGAUGCUGGCGGCCGCCUGCCAGAUGUUCCUGGGCAAGUCGGAGAGCGAGAUCGGCCAGAUCGCCCUGGAGACGCUGGAGGGCCACCAGCGCGCCAUCAUGGCUCACAUGACCGUGGAGGAGAUCUACAAGGACCGGCAGAAGUUCUCGGAUCAGGUUUUCCGCGUGGCCUCGUCCGACCUGGUGAACAUGGGGAUCUCGGUGGUGAGCUACACCCUCAAGGACGUGCACGAUGAACAGGAUUACCUGCGCUCGCUCGGGAAGGGCCGCACGGCUCAGGUGCAGCGCGACGCCCGCGUGGGGGAGGCCGAGGCCAAGCGGGACGCUGGGAUCAAGGAGGCGCGUGCCCGGCAGGAACAGGUCUCGGCCCAGCUCCUCUCCGAGGUGGCCACGGCGCGAGCCCAGCGCGACUUCCAGGUGGCCCAGGCUGAGUGCGACGGGGCCGUGAGCGCCCGCAGGGCCACGGCAGAGCUGGCAUUUCAGUUACAGGCGGCGCGCUCCCAGCAGGCCAUCGCGGCGCAGCGGGGGGAGGUGGCUCUGGUGGAGCGGACGCAGCAGGCGCAGCUGCAGGAGCAGGAGGUCGGCCGGUGCCGCCAGGAGCUCGAGGCCACCGUGCGCAAACCGGCUGAGGCCGAGCGCUACCGGCUGGAGCGGCUGGCCGAGGCGCAGAGGACGCAAGUGCUGCUGCAGGCUGAGGCCGAGGCCGAGACCCUCAAGGUGACAGGAGCCGCCCGUGCUGCCGCCGUGGCCUCGCGGGCUCGCGCCGAAGCCGCCGCCGUGGCCGCCAAGGCCGAGGCCUUUGGGCAGUUCCAGGACGCGGCCGUGGUGGAUCUGGUGCUGCAGAGGCUGCCACAGGUGGCCGAGGCCGUGGCCCAGCCCCUCCUCUCCACCCGCCGGGUGACGCUCGUGGGCGGCUCCGGCGCCGUCGGCGUCGCCAAAAUCCCCUCGGAGAUUCUGGAGCUGGUGACAAAACUGCCCGGGGCUGUGGGGGCGCUGGCCAGGGGGUCACAGGUGCCCCCGAGCGACCCCGAGACGUCCCCAAGUGUCCCCAAAGUGUCCCCAAAUGUCCCCAAGGUGCCACCACCCCCCCAGUGACACCAAAGUGACACCAAAGUGUCCCCAAGUGCCACCCCCCUGCUGCCACUGUGCCCCAAGUGCCACCCAAGUGCCACCACCCCCUGAUGUCCCUUUGUCCCCAAAGUGUCACCAAAGUGUCCCCAAGGUGCCACCAGCCCUGGCAUGUCCCCAAGGUGCCACCUUGUCCCCAAAAUGUCAUCAUGUCCUUAAAGUGUCAUCGUCCCCAUGGUGCCACCACCCCAAAGUGCCACCCCUGAAUGUCACCAUGUCCCUGAAAUGUCCCCAAGUGCCACCACCCUGCUGUCACUGUGUCCCCAAUGUCCCCAAGGUGCCAACUCCCUAGUGUCACCAUGUCCUCAAUGUGUCCCCAAGGUGCCACCACUGCAAUGUCCCCAAGGUGUCACCGUGUCAAUCAAGUGUCCCCAAGGUGCCAC